AUGCUUCGGUGGCUUAGUAGAAAAUGCUUCGGCCAAAAUAUUAGCCAAUCAGAGUUCACCAUUUUGCUUUGGCUCAAAAAAGGAAUACCGAUUUCUGCUUCGGUUCCAAAAAAGGAAUACCGAUUAGCUUUGGUUCCAAAAAAGGAAUACCGAUUAGCUUUGGUUCCAAAAAAGGAAUACCGAUUAGCUUUGGUUCUAAAAAAGGAAUACCGAUUAGCUUUG